AAAAAACACGGAAAAGAGCUGGGCAAGUGAAUAGGGGUUUAGGGCUUUUCUGGAAUCGAAAUUACACAUUCAACUCACAAAGCAAAUUAAGAAUCGUUAUUCAGACAGAGACAAAUUUUCAAGGUGUGCAUUGAUUAUGGCCGAAAGACAGCCACACGAAGCUCCGAACGAUGCACCGGCGCAUUCCCCAUCUCCGCCGCCGGAGGAAAUGAUCUCCUACGUGAUGGCGAUGGAGGCCGCCCUGUUGCCAUGCUUGCCGGCCAGAGAGCUUCAGGCGAUCGACCGCUCUCCCCAUCCUUCUCACCAGAUUGAUGUCGAGAGACACGCCAGAGAUUUUAUGGAGGCGGCCAAAAAGCUUCAGCUUUAUUUCAUUGGUUUGCAACGAGAAGAACAACCCACGAGAGCAGAAACCCUACGGAAGGAGAUUGCUAAUAUGGAAGAAGAGUUGAAAGUGAAGACCGAGCUAAUCGAUAAGCAAGAGAGAUUAAUUCAAGGAUGGAGAAUGGAGUUGAAAGACCAACUAGAGAAACACAACAUUGAGUUGGAAAGAGUUUGAAAUAUUGACUAUAAUAGUUUUUGGGUAGUGCAAUACAUUUGUGUUUUCGAGUCGUUCAGAAAUCUAGUGUGCCGUUGAUUAGUAGCAAUCUAACUCCAUCUUGAUCAAAUUUGAGGCUAGAAACGGUUGCACUUCAGUUUUAGUUUGUAUCUGUGCAACAACUUAGUGUUGUAUUGCCCUUUUCGUUUGGUGAAUAAUGGCAAAAUCCUUGAAUAUUUAAGUGAUCAAGCAUAAAAUUGGUUAGUUAGAUUGUAGUAUUAUGCUGACCUUCAAUAGGACAAAUUUAAAUGUUGCAGAAUAAUACGUAGAAAAGAAAA